AUGGACGAGCACUUUGGAUCAAUGGAACACACUUUCAUGACCAUUCAUAACCUGUCGCCAGAUGCAAACAUCCUCUUUGUCUCUGCCUCCGUCACCGAGAUUCUCGGAUAUGAACCGCACGAGGUCCAGGGCAGGUCAUGCUUCGACUAUUUUCACCCAGACGAGGAACCGUGGGCCAGAAGGGUCCAUGGAAGAGGCGUGAAGCUUGACAAGGCUGCAUCUCUUCAUUAUCUUCGAGUUCAGCAUCGCAACGGCCAGUGGAUCAGUUGCGAAUGCUGUUUCACUGUGGUCCACGACGUAUUGGUGGCAUGCACCAGUAUCUACCGGAGAGGCGCCAAGAGCGAGAGGCGGGCCAUUGAGGCACCACAGAUUCGACGCAUCUUCUCGAGCUCCCCAAGGGACCCUCGUUACCACAUGCUCGAACAUCUCUCACCCAAGUUUAAGAUGCCUCCUGUAGAGCGAGAGCCCAGGGCCGCUCUCAUUCUGAAUCGAUUCACCAGACCUCUAUCAAUCAUGUUUGCAACCGAUGCGAUCACACAGAUCCUUGGGCUUAGGCCCGACCAGCUUCAGCACAAGAGCUUCUACGAAUGCAUAGCAAAUAAUUGUUUGCCUGACGCCGUGAGGUGUCUUGAAAGCGCCAAGUCGAACGACUCAAUAGCAUACCUACGGUUCUGGUUCCGUGAUCCUCGAACAGAGGAAGAUUUUGAGGCACAGGACGACCAAGAAAUGGACGGCGUUGACGGUGGCGGUAGCCCAAGCAGUAGCGACUUGGACUCGGAUGGUGGUGCACAACUCAGCUCACCAAUGGACCUGGAUGACGAUACAGUCAUCAAAGCUGAGCCGACAAGUCCCGAGCCCUUUCGAGCCGAAGCCGAGCAGUCCAAUAAUCACAGCCGCCAGAACAACCACGCACAGCCUUCUGCACCUGCAGCAGGAUCCCCCAAUGCGGCCAGACGACCUAGACAGCAGUCGCCGGCGGCUGCUGCCCCUCCUGGGGCUCAAAACGGCAACAGGCGACAGCGCGAGAGGAUUGAGCCAUUCGAGUUGGAGGCAGUUGUCUCGUGUACAUCUGAUGGCCUAGUUGUGAUCUUGCGCAAGGCGCGACCUCCUAUCCCCAACAUCUACUCACCAUCGGCAUCGGCCGGCUCCCAGAAUGGUCUGUUUGCAGCACCAUGGGGAGAACAACCAAUCCAGCCGUACUAUCCUCCAGAGAUGUACCAUCACUUCAGGCCACCUCUACUGCCACAGCACAUGCCAUUGCAAGAGCAUGUCAAAGCUGCUGGUGGUCCGCCGACAGAGUACCUUAUGCGGUCCAUUCGUGACGUGGCUGUCUUUGCAUGGGCUCUGUGUGGUAUCAAUGGCAAUCUGGCCGGCUACUGCAGCGGGACACCUCAAGGGGAAGCUCAGCCUCCAAAUGGGCUUCCGGUAUGGGACCCUAAUGGAGGGCGAACAUCCUACCUGGGGCCUGAAAACCAGGCGAGGUACCGGUGGCAGCAAUACGACAGUAAAGGAAAAGGAUUGGCGGCAUCGGGCCACCAUGUGUCGAGCUCUACUUCUUCCGUUCCCCAAUUCAAUCCAUAUGCAAUAAUGCAUCAUGGGACGGUCGAGUACACCCAGCAUUAUUCGGCACCACCUUGGAGGCAAGAGGAUGGUUAUAUACAUGGUAGACACCCACACGCAAUGCCUACACAACCCGGCUAUACAUAUCAGCCCUUGCCGAGGCACCCUGGUCACCCCGUCAUGGAGCCAUGGGCGGAGGCGGCGGCAGCAAAUCUCGCACAGCAGCCUCGUGGUGAUCCGCCGAUGCCGACCACUCAGCCUCCAAAUUCAGGCGAGGAACCUCCCAAUUAUCGCCAUUUAUGGCAGUAA